GCCGGGCGCGCUGUGUCCGGGCACGGCUGGAGGCGGCCCCGCCGCUUUCGCUUUCGUUUCCCCGCCGGGCCCGCUCGCUCCGGGCCCUUCCCGGGUGGAUCCCGUCCCGGGUGGAUCCCGUCCCGAGUGGAUCCCAUCCCAGGUGGAUCCCGUCCCGGGUGGAUCCCGUCCCGGGUGGAUCCCGUCCCGGGUGGAUCCCAUCCCGGGUGGAUCCCGUCCCGGGUGGAUCCCGUCCCGGGUGGAUCCCGUCCCGAGUGGAUCCCAUCCCGGGUGGAUCCCGUCCCGGGUGGAUCCCGUCCCGGGUGGAUCCCGUCCCGUUGGAGCGGCGGCCAUGGCCGCGGGCCGAGCUGCCAGAUCCACCAGGACAAUUGUCAUUGCCGGUGUCCCGGCCGGCCUCCUGCAGGACGAUGUCAUGGCUGACAUCCUCACCAUCCACUUCCAAAUGUCCCGGAACAACGGCGGCGACGUGGAGGAGGUCGCGUACCCCACACGGGAUAAAGGAGUCGCCUACGUAACCUUUGAGGAUCAAGAAGUUGUGGAGGGUGUUCUGAGGAAGGAUCAGCAUCUCCUGCAGGACAAGAGGCUGUCCAGGCGCUACCCCCUGACAGUGACCCGCUUCUGCCACAACGUGUUCCUCCGGGUCACAUCCACCCUCAGCAUGGCCCUUUUCCGGGAUCACUUCCUUUUAGAAGAUUUGGUGGAGGAGAUGAAAAAGCAGAGCCCGGCUUUGAAUUUCGGGCCUUUGCAGCCCGACGGGCAAAUUGCUGUGCGAGGCUCCUUCCCAGCACUCAGAGAGCUGAGAGAAUUCCUCUUGUUCAAGGCAAAAUCCCUCUCAGAGGAGGACAAAAGAGAGGGGAAACCCCAUCAGAGACCGAGGGGGAAGCCGCAGCAGCACAGAGGUGCCACGGAGGCGAGGAAUUCCCUUCGGGACGCGCACAGGGAAGCAGAAGUGGUGGUUCUGGACACGGAUAUCUACCACUACAUGAAGUGCUUUCAUCCCAAAACCCUGCAGGCAAACGACGUUGUCAUUUCUGGUGUCACCGACGGCGACAUCACCACGGUGUGCAUUGAGGGUGCCGGCAGGAAGGCUGGCGCUGAGCACGCCCUGAGGGCCAAGAGAAUGAUUGAAAGUUCCUCCGUGGAGCUCCAGAAGAUUCUCCGGAAGGAAAGGAUCUGCUUCAAGGAGCGCAGCAGAGCGGAGAAGCAGAGGUACAAACAGCUCUGUGAAAGGCUAAAAGCCCGGCACCCCGAGGUGCUGCUCCUCCCUUAUGACACCCACAUUGACGUCGUAGGAACUUCUGCGGGGGUCUUUGAGUUUGCAGAGGACGUGAGGAGGCACUCCAGGUAGGAGUGAGCCUUCCUGGAGCUCGUCCUUCUCACCCAGACCGUGCCUGUGGCCCCGUGCUCUGCGCGUCUCCCACUCGGUCACUGGGAGGUCGCUUUGUGCCGCUCGCAGGCCGACAGCUCUGCGACAGCCUGGCCCUCCCCAAACGCCAGACCAAGGUCAGAACAAGAAAACAGUGAUCUCUGCGCUUAGGGAGCAAAGAAUUUAAGCCUCUUCUGUCCAGAAAGAGCCACGUUUUCCUGUAUCCUCAGUGGAUUCCCAUCCCAACUUGCUGUUAAGGAUUGCAUGAUGAGGAAAGAGAUUUUUUUUUUAUUUUUUAGGCUGGGUGGGCAAACCUUGUAAGAAACGCUGCAGGGGAGUUCUGUGAGGAGUUCUGUGAGGAGUUCUGUGAGGAGUUCUGUGAGGAGUUCUGUGAGGAGGUGGCCACAGCAGCCAGGGAUGGGGACCUUUUAUGUGGCCUUGAUCUGCAGAGGGACCUUCUCCUCCCCUUGAAGGGCACCGAGAAGAGAGCUGGGACACCUGGCAAACCCAAAAUGGACGGGCUUGAGAAAGCCCUGAAAAUCCUUCCCUGGAGGAGACAGGGAAGUUUGUUUUCAAAUAAGCAAUAAUGGGUUUUUUUUUUCACCUGUAAAGAUUUCUUCUCUUGACAGUGCAUUAUUUAGACAUGACAGUGUGUCCAGACAUUUGAUGGGAAAAUCUGGGAGCGUUCAGACUUUGGAAUCAGAUUCUGUUUAUGCAAAUCUGUUUCUAUAUCCAUUAGGGUUUUCUAUAUCCAUUAGGGUUUUCUAUAUCCAAAGGUUUUGGGUUUUUUUUUUAACAAAUUUAGAAAACAGCUUUUAUUUCGUGAUACCUAUGUGUUUAGAAUAAUUUGUCAAAACAUCCAGACCGCCAGCUCUUCUGCCUGAUGAGCAGGGAAAGCUUUAGGGGUUUGUGCCAUUAAAGAAAGGAGUUGUCCAG